AUAUCCCAUCUCCAUCUUAAUUUGAGUGGCCGGCCAUGCCAAUUGUAGCUAAGCAAAAGAGAAAAGGCCCCUCCUGCUAGCUACCUAGCUCUCUCUCUCUCUCUCUCAUUCUCUCAAACCCAGAAAUCAAUUCAACCCAAAUGAAACUAAUUGCUCCUUGUUCUCUUUCUUCUUAUCCUUCAUCACCUCUCUCAAAUUUUUCUUACCUUACCUCGAUUUUUUCAUGCAAGAUCCAAAGAACUCACAAGCAGCAAGGUAUGCCAAAGAAGCCUUGGUAUCAAAGAGCAAUAGAGAUGGGCUCUCUAUGGAGAUCAAGCAUUAGUAGUCCCAAGCUUCCCACAGAUCAAGUUCCAGCACCAAAUGCCACAACAUUGUGGAAAACCAUUACCAAAUCCACAAACACCAACAUUCCUAAUUCUUCGAAUUCCAAUAGACACAAGCUGAGAAAAUGUGCCUCCUUAAAGGUUGCGACUUCGUUUACUAGGGUUUGUCUUUGUGCACCCAUAUCUUCCUACAAUGAGGUUUUUAGGGCUGAGCUCCCACCAAGAAGAAGCAAUAGUUACCCGAGAUCGAAGCCAUUGGGGAUGACGACACAAGAUCAAAGAAGCAUUACCACUAUGAGCGCGAGGCUUAGCACUUCCGAGAGAAGAGUUUUUCGUGGGAAAUCUCUGACUGAAGACGUUUUGAUGAGGAGGUUCGUUAUGGAAGAAGAAGCAAUGAUGCACGUUAGAAGGAGAAAUCAAAUGGAAGUAAUAAGAAGAAAAAGUAUAAUGAGGAGGAAGAAUCUUGGGCCUAGUCGUCUUAGUAGAAUGGUUAUGGCUGGGGAGGAGGAUAAUUGAUAAGUUUAAUUCAAUUUUAAUUGUGCUUAAUCAAUUGUUUCGACCUCAAUGGUGAUUUUGAACUUCUCCUUUUCUGCAUGCAUGGUGAUAUAUUUUCUUGAUUAAAUUGUAUGGGCAAUAUUUGCAUUCAUCUCCGAUAUAGUGGAAAUGAUUGAUUUUGUCUUUU